GCCGAGGGCAGCGCCCGGGUGCUGCGGCUGCAGGCGGCGGCGGGGGGCGACGAGCCGGGCGCGCUGCUGCAGGCCGAGGACCGCCUGCGCCACGCCCUCACGCCGCGCUACCGCGGGCUCUUCCAGCACCUGGUGCGGCAGGAGGGCGGCCUGCGCUUCCUGGUGGAGCUGCGCGCGGACCUGCUCGAGGCGCUGGCGGCGCGGGGGGCCCACGGCCCGCACGUCCGGGAAAUGAAUGGAGUAUUAAAGAACAUGAUGUCAGAAUGGUUUUCCACUGGAUUUCUAAACUUGGAACGAGUUACAUGGCAGUCUCCCUGUGAGAUUCUUCAAAAGAUUAGUGACAGUGAAGCUGUGCAUCCUGUUCGAAAUUGGAUGGAUAUGAAGCGCCGCGUUGGGUCCUACAGAAGGUGUUAUUAUUUUGCCCACUGUGCAAUACCUGGAGAGCCACUGAUAGUUUUGCAUGUUGCACUUACUGAUGAAAUAUCCAGCAAUAUCCAGGCCAUAGUAAAAGAGGCUCCCUCGCUAGAAGCAGAAGAUUUGGACAAAAUUACCACAGCAAUUUUCUACUCAAUCAGCUUGACUCAGCAGGGCCUGCAGGGUGUGGAGCUUGGGACGUAUCUUAUCAAGCGAGUUGUUAAAGAACUGCAGGUUGAGUUUCCUCAGAUCCAAGUCUUCUCGACUCUGUCUCCCAUUCCGGGGUUCACCAAAUGGCUGGUUGCACUGCUCUCCUCACAAUCCAGCGAUCUGGGCAGGAGCAGCCCUUUCACAGAUCCUGAGUUCCAAGAAAUCUGCGAGAUCACGGGAGACCCCGCUGUCGAAACUCUGAAACGCCUUUUCACGAACAACGGGUGGGUGAAAUCGGAGAGGCUGGUUCAAGUCUUACAGCAGCCCCUUAUGAGGCUUUGUGCUUGGUAUCUCUAUGGAGAGAAACACCGUGGCUAUGCUCUCAACCCCGUGGCGAACUUCCACCUCCAGAACGGCGCAGUGCUGUGGCGCCUGAACUGGAUGGCAGACGCCAGUCCCCGCGGCAUCACGGCCUCCUGCGGCAUGAUGGUCAACUAUCGAUACUUCUUGGAGGACACGACGGCCAACAGCACCACAUACCUUGGAACUAAGCAGAUCAAAGCCUCAGAGCAGGUUCUCUCCUUGGUGUCUCAGUUUCAGCAGAACAGCAAACUUUAAAUAAACGAGGCAGCUUGUUCUGGCUAAAGGGGAAUCUUGGCCUGCUCCUGCUCAGAAAGAGGUGGGUGGCUGAUGAACCAGGAUGCUCUGUGCUGAAUCUCAUCAGGAGCAGCGAUUGAGUUGCCCUGGGUUCUCACUGCCGUGGGUCACUGGAGAGGAAGACUGCGUGAUUUCUUGCGGUUGAUUCUUCCGGCAGCCUGAAUCUCAGGCUUGUUGAACUCGGCUUAGAGAAAUGGCAAGCCGGUGGUAGUUUCUAUGAAGAGUGUGUUGUCCCUUGUCCUUCUCACCAGAUCAAUAGUCUUGUUUAAUCUGCAUCUUUGAAAGCGCUAUUGAACAACUGAGUGCUCUUGCACAUUAAGGGGAGAGGUAGAUCAAUAUCAGAGUUACUAAGUAAAAAGGGCCAAGUAAGGAACACAUUUUUGUCCAAUUGGGGAAACAAAAUGGCAUGUUCUAACACUUCUCCAAGAACUGUUUUUAUCCACCCUUUCUCUGCUGUUCUGUGCUAAAUUCGCGAAUCAGAUCAUCUACUUCAGUAUUGCACACAAUGCCACCACCGUUACUGCUUUGGUUGGACAAAGCAUUGAAGCAUCUUGUGGUGUGGUCUGGCUCCAUCUUGAGGGCUCUGCAGGCAGCAGUUGCCUGGGAUGAAGUCUCUGCUGCUUUGAAAUGGUUUACAAAUGAUAACAAUUUAGCAAUGUGGUUUGCUACAGAAGUUUUGGAAACACAGUAUUUUUAGACUUCUUUCAUUAAAAUAAGGAAACAAGAAAGCCCCAUUAAAACAUAAGAUUUGCCAUACAAACAGAACCCUUGUCUUGUGUGUGGUAUAAUUAUUUGACAGUUUUGUCCCUUACAUUUUCGGGAAAAGCAGCCAAUUGUCUUAGAUGGGUUACUCCUACUAUGGAUUACGGAUUACCAAGUGGUUUGCUGGCUCAAAGUGAGGAGAGUGGUAUCUGCCCCUUUGAUGUGUAUGUAUUUGUGUUUUGGGUUGGGAAAUUAGAGUGUUCCUAAGUUACUUGCUUAAAUUCUGGAGAUCUCUGGUUCUUUUCAGGAGCAAUUGCAAAUUGGAUUUAUGAAGUUUAACCAGGAGACAACUAACAUUCAUUAGCAAACAAAGAAACAUGCAGGAGACUGGUAAUACUCUAAUUAAAAUUACAUGUACCUGCUCCUGUUGGGGACUGAAAGCAUAUCUGAGUAGAAGCAUUAAAGGGAAAUUAAUAAAUGAGUUCUGUUGCUCAACUGAGGGUGUGAUCAAAGGCAGCACAGCAUCUAGCAGUUUGUCAGCACAUGAAAGUCUUGAUGCUGGGCCCCGGAAGGAUAAGGCAAAGCUGAAAAAGGAAAGCCAGUGUGAAGUUCCCUAGCAGGACUAUCGGCAGCCCCAUCUUCUUCCUUGUUCAUAGAAAGAUCGUCUGAAAUGGAAUUACUGGAGGAAUGGAAUGUGCAAAGUUUAUAUUUCAUGGUUGGGAUUAAUGAUCGUUUAUAAUGUUUAGCUGGGUUGGCAUCUUAGCUGGUUACUAAAAUUGCGUAAUCACAUCCUAAGUGCCUUUUCCCCUCCCUCUCAGAGAUGGAAGAAGUGUCUGGAAAAAAAACUUAAUAAACAGUGUCGGAAUAAAA